AUGAAGAUUCUUCUGGCCUUUGAAAUUCUCUUCUGUUUGGGUAAGUCUUUGUCCGUUGUUUUGGAGGUUGGUAGUAAAUUUCGGUUCCAAAAUACUAUCUUGACUGCUGAUUUCUACAAUAGAUUUAGUUUUUCGGCCCAUUCAAAAUUUUUUAUUUAUUCCGAGCUGCGCCCGAGUCUUUGCUUGGCAAGCAAAGAGUCGGGCGCAUAGCCAGCGGGUUGCUCAGCCAUUCUGAGCCUUAGAUUAAAAUUUGCGUGUUACAUUUGAAUUUGGAUAAACCUUUUUUUUAUAUUUCCUUCCGUUUCAGUGGAUUCCAGCAACUCCGUCAAAUGCUACAGUCGCGAAAACGGUGAAGGAAAAGACGAGAAAGGUAAUGCCCUCGCACCUCCGGGAACUGGCUGUUUCAAACGUGAUGGCCACGAGCGGAAGGACUGCCCGAACCGGCAACGGAAGACCUGGAUCCAUCCUGUUUUCACCAUGCCUCUCUUCACCGCCUCUUUGUGA